AUGAUUGAAAUAAUUAGACAAGUGAAAUCAAUAAUUGGUUUUGAUGGAUUAAACAUGAGGAUUGGAAUACAUACAGUAAUUAUUUUAUUAUAUAUUUUAGGGUAAAGUUAUUGGAGGAAUCUUAGGCACAGAAAUUGUAAGAUAUGAUGUCUAUGGAGCUGAUGUUAUGAUUUCUAAUAAAAUGGAAUCUAAUGGAGAAAGAGGAAAAGUCUAAGUAUCUGAAGAUACUAAGUAAUUACUAGAGCAAUCAUAUCCAGAUCAAUUUUUAUUUACAUUCAAUAAAGAAGUAGAAUUCAAAUCAAUUAGUCGAAAAACUAAAGGAUAUUUUAUAGACCCAAUCAAAAAUGAUAGCAAUGAAGAUUUUGAUGAUAUGAAUCACUUUUAAUUUGUUAAAGAUUUAGAACACUAUGAAAAUAAUGGAUAAAAAUGA